AGAUAAAUACCAUCAAAAGAACAAAAAAAAAAAAAAACUAUUUCUUGUCGACAUGAAUACAUCAUACUGCAGAUGUGGACCCAUUACUCUGUUGUCCAAAAUAAAUUUGGUACGAUAAAGGGUGUCAAACCAAUACGUUAUAAACCUAUUUAGUAGCAGUCCUCUCGAAUGCACAUCUCACUGCUAAUCAAACUUUUCUUUGGUAACUCUCAAAGAGAUCAUCCAUGGCGGAUUUAUCAUCAAACCCUAAUUCCAACAAUGCUGAAAAUCAUCUAAAUCACCCAAAAGCUCGUUUCAUGGAUGCCAUGGAUAUUAUCCAGUGGGAAGGCUUCUGGUUCGAACCUGGCCUUGUUCAACCGGCCAUGACCUUCAGAUCAUGCUUUCAAGCACAAAACAACGACGUUGUCUUAACAUCAAACAUCAAAACAGGCACAACAUGGCUCAAAUCCCUAUGUCUUUGCAUCCUUAAAAACCCAAAACCUGACGAGGAUCUUGACCUUCUAGUUGAGGAUAAUCCACAUUUCCAUGUCCCAACAAUAGAAAGCACAAUUUACAGCACAAAACCCCAUAUAGAUCUUUACAAAGCUCCUUCUCCUAGACUUUUACACAGCCACUUACCCUACAUUGUCCUUCCAGAUUCAGUCAAGAACACGGAUUGUAAAAUCGUUUACAUUGCCAGGAAUCCUAAGGACACAUUAAUAUCCAUGUGGCACUUUUUCAACUCCAUUUUAUACCCUAAUCAAGACCCUUUUCCUUUAGAAAGAACCGUUGAUUGUUUCUUAUCUGGGGUUCAUCAAUACGGCCCCUUUUUCGAUCACGUUUUACAGUACUGGUUGGAAAGCCGGAAGAAUCCGCAGAAAAUACUCUUCUUGAAAUAUGAAGAACUGAAAAGGGAUCCCAAGGGAGAGGUAAAGAAACUUGCUGAAUUUCUUGGGAAGCCUUUUGCAACUGAAGAGGAAAUUGAUAAGGUUUUGUGGAGGUGCAGUUUGGAGAGACUCAAAAAUUUGAAGGUGAACAAGAAUGGAUCUAUUGUGUACAGUGUACCUAACAGUUUGUACUUCAGGAAAGGUGUUGUUGGGGACUGGAAGAACUAUUUGACGCCCGAAAUGGAAGAGAAAAUCAACCAAAUGAGCAGCAUCAAGCUUGAGGAGCAUGGCCUAUUUCUGUGAUAUCGAUGUGUGUGCACCUUUGGCAUGUCUCUUUUCUUAGUACUCCCCGGUGCUAUUGAGCCCUUGUCGGCAGACGUGCCAAACGUUUAUCAUAUAUACAUACAUAGAUAUAUGUGUAUGUAUGAACCUCUAGAUUCAACACUUAAUGUUUCAAUUACCUGGUUCUAAUUUUAAGACACCAAUGACGUGUGUGUACGAAGAAUAGAAAUAAUUAUAAACUCUCAAAUGAACAAAC